ACGCCCGGAGCCGGCAGCCAUUUUGGCGCUAGUGCGGAAGUUGGAGUUGUGUCCUCGGAGCCCGAGCCGGAGCGGCCGACCGUUCAUGCUCAGGUAGCGCCGGGCACAGCGGCUCCCGUUCUUUCUUGUCAGCUUCGAGAAGAAAGCUAUCCUUAAAGAUGGCAGGCAGAUUACCGGCGUGUGUGGUGGAUUGUGGCACUGGCUACACCAAGCUUGGUUAUGCUGGGAAUACAGAGCCACAGUUCAUCAUUCCAUCAUGUAUUGCAAUCAAGGAAUCUGCAAAGGUUGGUGACCAGGCGCAAAGGAGGGUGAUGAAAGGAGUUGAUGAUUUGGAUUUCUUCAUAGGGGAUGAAGCAAUAGACAAACCUACUUAUGCAACAAAGUGGCCUAUUCGUCAUGGCAUUGUUGAAGACUGGGAUCUGAUGGAGAGAUUUAUGGAACAGGUUAUUUUUAAAUACCUUAGGGCAGAACCAGAAGACCAUUAUUUUCUUUUGACUGAGCCUCCAUUAAAUACACCUGAAAAUAGAGAAUAUACUGCUGAGAUUAUGUUUGAAUCUUUCAACGUACCAGGUCUUUACAUCGCUGUCCAGGCUGUCCUUGCCUUAGCUGCCUCAUGGACGUCUCGACAAGUUGGUGAGCGAACAUUGACUGGAACGGUUAUUGAUAGUGGGGAUGGUGUCACUCAUGUUAUUCCAGUGGCUGAAGGUUAUGUGAUUGGUAGCUGCAUUAAGCACAUUCCUAUUGCUGGUCGAGAUAUUACAUACUUCAUCCAGCAACUUUUGAGAGAUCGAGAAGUGGGUAUACCCCCGGAACAGUCCCUGGAAACUGCAAAGGCUGUAAAGGAACGCUUCAGUUAUGUCUGCCCAGACUUGGUGAAAGAGUUCAGCAAAUAUGACACAGAUGGUACCAAAUGGAUCAAACAAUAUACUGGAGUCAAUGCCAUCUCUAAGAAGGAAUUUACCAUUGAUGUAGGCUAUGAGCGAUUUUUGGGCCCUGAAAUUUUCUUUCACCCAGAGUUUGCGAAUCCUGAUUUCACACAGCCCAUUUCAGAAGUAGUUGAUGAAGUUAUUCAGAACUGCCCUAUUGAUGUUAGACGUCCACUGUAUAAGAAUGUUGUCCUCUCUGGUGGCUCAACCAUGUUUAGAGAUUUUGGACGCCGUUUACAACGGGACCUAAAGCGGACAGUAGAUGCCAGGCUCAAACUUAGUGAAGAAUUGAGUGGUGGAAAACUAAAGCCUAAACCAAUUGAUGUUCAAGUGAUCACACACCACAUGCAGCGAUAUGCAGUUUGGUUUGGAGGGUCCAUGCUAGCAUCCACUCCGGAGUUCUACCAGGUAUGCCACACCAAAAAAGAUUAUGAGGAGAUUGGCCCCAGCAUUUGUCGCCAUAACCCUGUCUUUGGAGUCAUGUCUUAAGGCUGAGCUCAAUAUUCUAAGGGCUGAGGGAAAGCCUUGCUUUUGGGGGCCUGUUGGGUCUGGAUUGACUGGUGUUGUGUUAUUAAACUGGCUUAACUUUUAAAACAGAUGACCAAACAGUAUGUGGUUGGCAAACUUAACAAUUGAGUGUCUUAAAAUGGGCUAAAUUGUGUUAAGCCAAAAUAUGAACAAUCUUUCUUUAUAUUAAACAUUUUGGACUAAUUUGUAAGAAAAUUCUAUAGUGGUUUUAGAUCAGAUUAUGCCCUAAAAUGAUGCAUUUGAUGGGAACUCCAAGACUUGUAGGAUUUGAAUGAGACUGGAAGGUCAGCUCUACCAUACUUGAAUUGUACCCAGUGUGUACAAUACAAGAGCUUGUUUAUAUUUCGUACUGAUUUUUUAUACAUCAGAUGGGGAAAAUUAGAACAUUAGGUAAUCUAUAAAGUGAAAUAAAGACAAUUAAUACUUGGAAAAGAGUAUGUGAAGGUACUGAUCAAUAGGAGUUGCACAAAUAAUCAAAUCUCUAGCAUAAAAUGAAAUAAAUUGAUUUCUGACGACUGAACUAGAAGUAUACAUAUCUUUAUUGUAAGAACCUUUUCUUUGCCCAGGAUGGAAUGUUAUGACUAUUAGUAUAACUUGUUGAAGUCUGUAUAUGAGGUGGGUAUAAUUAACAUCCCAACAUCCAUCAAGCAUUGCAGACUGAACUUUUCCUGACAGGAAUCCAAGCACUUGUAGGGAUAAGUUGAUUUUUUUUUUCAUUUCCCUCAUUUUUAAGUUGACAUUUCAUUUACUUGCAGUUAUCUGUCCUCUUCUAAUUGGAGAAACUUCACAAAAGCCUAAAACAUAUAUCCUCAUCAAAUAGGCUCUAAAAUGGUUUGAGCCAUGUAACUUUGGUUAUUUGUGACUCCAGUCUGUUCCCAAAAGAAUAAUGAACUGUAUUUCCCAUAACAAACAUGGCUAACUCCGCAAGUGCUUUGGGAACUAUUUCUUACUCAAACUAACAGAUGCCUGCUAGUGCUUUCUGAAUAUUGAAUGCAUUUUUGUUUAUUGCUGCAAAAAAAGACUGUUGGACCAGUAUUGUAGUUCUAGAGCCUCAUUUUGAUUUAAACCAAAUAAUCUAAUCAGUGGUGUAUUUAAAACCUUGCACCAUUCCAAUAAAGGCGCAAAAUUCUUUUUAAACGUUA